AUGGACUCCGCCGACGUGGUACUUGAGGACGGCAAGUCCCCGACCAAGAGCUCAGACAACAAUGAGGACAACGGAAACGACGAUCCGAACCGCAAGAAGGCGAAUGUGAGGAAGAGGACCAAGACGGGCUGUCUCACUUGCCGGAAGCGCCGCAUCAAAUGCGACGAGGGACGCCCCAUCUGCAGCAACUGCAUCAAGUCCAAGAGACACUGCGAGGGUUACAACCAGCGCGUCAUCUUCAAAGACCCCAUCGCGUCAUUCAACCUCAAUGGUGUCUACGGUCCCGUCGUUUAUCCUCCCGAGUCAUCAAGCUCGCCAUUUCAGAGUAUUCCUAACCCCCCACCAAAGUCGUCUAAUGGUCCUCCUUUGGCCCCAAUAGCUCCCAAGCCACCGCAGCAUCCGGACUUUCAAGGUCAGCCGAUGCUUCACUAUGGCCACGGGUUCCUGGGUCAGUUUCAAGGUCAAAUACCGCCGACGGCCUUCGACUUCAACCAGUUUCCGCACGGAGAGCAUCACAUGCACUCGAGCUCGUCUGUCAUUUCGCCAGCCAGUCAAUUUCGGGGGCAGUUUGGUGACCAUCGGAGUAACCUUGCCAGUCCGAUUACGGAUAGCGGCCCAUUUGUUCAUAACCCGGCAGGGCCAUGGAGAGGACAGCCGACCGCAGGCCUUACGCGAGCGGAGGUCUUCUCCGAUAACAACGCCGCCGCUCGGACGGAUCAAGCAACCGAGGACGCGGAGAUCGAAUAUCUGUACUCGGACGAUGACGCAUCCAUGCCCGACUCGGACGACGCUUUCGACGAUGCGAUGGGCGAGGAGAGCGCCUAUGGUCAGUUAGUCCAGAGCCGCAACGAUGGGCCCUGGGACGGGUUCGGAACCAAGAUGAGAUCCUUCUCCGCCUUCGCCGAGGAAACUAUCCUCACGUCGUACAUCCCCACGCCCAACAACUCGCCACUGAACGACGAGCGAACAGCAGCCUUGUUCUGGCACUUUAUUAACGUUACGGGGCCAAGCAUGUCUCUGUACGAGAGGCAUCCGUUCGAUCACUCAAAGCUGACAAACAACUACUCGGUGCCCAAGGCCGGGCAUAACAUUUGGACCUGUGAGACUACUCGUUCUGGCGCUUCUGCACUCUGGCUGACCUUGAUAGACACUUUCCCCAUCAUCUCCUUCAACCACCCGGCGCUCCUCCAGGCGAUGCUCGCUCUGGGUGCGUUGCAAAUAGCCAAGCUGCAGAAGAUCCCCCCGACAGCGGCCAUGAAGCACUAUCACCUCGCCAUCCGCAGAAUCGCAAGGAAUUUGCGGAGUCCCAAGAGGAGAACGCAACCUGCUACUCUAGCAGCCUCCCUCUUGCUAGGAUACUUUGAAGUAUGGAACUCGGACCACACCAAGUGGUGCAACCAUCUGUUCGGGUCCAGGCUCCUGAUCAGGGAAAUUCCCUUCAGGCAGAUGACCAAGAACAUACUGCCGCUGAAGAGGGCCAGGCGGGCGCUGUUCCAAGAGAGCCAGAACCAGCCGAUGGACCCCUUUUUCAUGGGUCACGACAACACGCACAUGAUGAGCCACGACCUAGACGACCUCGAUCUCGGCCUUCUCAGCAAGCUCACGAACCAGCAGGUUUCGUACGAGGACGAUGAGCCGGCGACUGGUAACUUGUAUACGGAUCGGGAUAUCGAACACUACGAACAUCUUCGGGACUUGUAUUGGUGGUACUGCAAGAUGGACGUCUACCAAAGCAUACUGGGUGGAGGAAAGCCAUUUAUGGACUACCAGCACUGGACCCAGUGUCCACCACGAGCGCCGAUGGGCCGGCUCGAGGCCAUAUAUGGGACGUACGACCACCUGAUGCUGCUGCUCGGGCGUUUGUGCAGCUUCGCGGCCAAGGAUCUACCCAGGAAACGGAAAUCGUUCAAGGGUUUCGGACCUCCUCCAGGCGGUGGGCGACCCGGAGGGCCACCGGAGGGGCCGCCAAAUGUUGGUGAGCCACCGGGCAGAGGCCAGGGGUGGCCCCCACCAGGAAUGGCAGGUGGAAUGCCCGGCGGCGGGCCUCCCGGAGGACCCCCGAUGGGCAUGCCACCCCCGGGUAUGAUGAGAGGCCCGCCGCCGGGUGCGAUGCCCGGAGGCAACGGCGGGUCGCCUCCCAUGUUCCCCGGCAUGCUUCCGAACCUCGGAAAGGUGACACUACCAAUGGGCUUCUCUCCGCCGCGGGACGACUCCCCACCACCGCCGGGCGAAGAAGUGCGGGAAGACCUCGACUCCGACAUGGCGGCAGACGCCGCAAUGCGCGAGUGGGAAUCCCUGCGCGAGGCGUUUGAGAUACUCCGAUCACGGUUCGGUCCGGAGUUCCAGCCCCUGGGCGCCGAAUACGCCGAUCGCAGAGACUCGCCAUUCGGCCCGACGCUGCAGUAUCGCACUUUUUCCGUGGCGGGCAUCUGGAUGAACUACUACAUGGGCCUGAUUCACCUGUACCGCGCGCACCCCAAGAUGCCGCCCGCCGCUAUGAUCGCCGCGGGCAUCCAGGCGCAACACACGGUCAAGUUUGCCAUCGAGAUUGGGCGGAUCGCGGCUGGGUUGACGGACGACUGUGCCAACGUCGUCGAGAUCAGUACUCUCGUCGGCGCCGCGCUGAUUGAGAGUUCCUUUUGUCUCUUUGUUGGCGGGAUCCAGUACCAAGACAACGCCCAGCGGCAAUGGAUCGUCAGGUGGAUGCACGACAUUGCCCGGCUCACCGGGUGGCAGUCGGCAAGGCAGAUCGCCGAGGGCUGCGAGUCCGGGUGGAAGAAGGCGGCCGCCAUGGGCCGGGGACCGCCGUACACGCGCGACCCAAGCCUGCAGACCGUGGUGCCGCAGUCCGUGUGGACGAACCCGCGCAGGAUCGGGGCCAGGCUCGAGCAGCUCGACAGCGACGAUACGAUGCUUGUCGUGGCCAAGUCCGAGAGGGCAUUCUACGCUCUCGGGCUGCUCAGCGUCGAGCAGGAGCUGGAGAGGCUGGUCAUUAAGGACGAGGGGUGA